AUGCCUCCCAAGAAGACUGCAACCGGCGCCUCCAAGAAGGCUGCCACCGCCAACCACCCAUCCUACCUUGACAUGAUCAAGGAGGCCAUCAUCAGCCUCAAGGAGCGCAACGGUUCUUCUCGCCAGGCCUUGAAGAAGUAUGUCCUGGCCAACAACAACCUUGCCGGUGUUAGCGACGCCGUCUUCACCGCCCAAUUCAACAAGGCGCUUCAGCGAGGGUCUGACAGCGGCGUUUUCGCGCGCCCGAAGGGUACCUCCGGUCCAGUCAAGCUUGCUGCACCAGGCAAGACCACCACCGAGAAGCCUGCCGCGAAGACGACCACCACCAAGGCACCAGCUGCGAAGAAGACCAAGACUGCUACCGCUAAGAAGGCACCUGCAAAGAAGACUGCUGCCGCGAAGACCAACAAGGCCAAGACCACAACGAAGAAAGCUCCAGCUGCCAAGAAGACUGCUACUAAGAGCAAGGCUAACACUGGCAAGGCACGCAAGACUCCGUCUGCUGCCCCGGCCGUUGAAGAGAAGGCACCUGUUGUCCUUGGCAAGACCAAGUCUGGCCGCGUCACCAAGUCGAGCGCUCCACAACCAGUCGCCAAGGCCAUUGCACCCAAGAAGAAGGCCGCCGCCAAGAAGGCAACAACGAAGAAGUCUGCCACGCCCAAGAAGGCGUAA